AUGGACUUGACGCAGAUGCUGCUCGGCCUCACCCUCCUGCUGUGCUCGGUGUGGAGAUGUGAGAUGAACCGGUGCUUUGAGGACCUGGACCAGGAGAAGGAGGCUGCGGAGAAGAGGCUGAGGACUCACUUCCCUCACCCGCUGGAGGUGGCCCCUGAGGCGGCGGCGGCGGAGGAGGACUCCCCGGUGUCCUGCCCGGUGUACGGGCAGCGGCCGGUGGAGCUCAGAGACCGGUCCCUGUCGCCAUGGAGAUACGUGAGAAGAGCCAUGAAGGAUCACUACCCCCCCAUGUACGCCGAGGCCCAGUGCCUGUGCUCCGGCUGCAUCCUGAUCCAGGGCAAGAAUUCUCCCAAGGAGACUUCGGACUACAACUCCGUCCCCGUGCUGCAGAACCGCGUGUUCCUGAAGAGGGAGCUCUGCCCGGACGGGAAGAGAUACCACCUGAAGCCCGUCAACGUGCAGGUCGCCGUGGGCUGCACCUGCGCCAGGGUCAAGCCCUGAACGCCACACUCGGCCCUGACC